CUCUUCCCAUGAAAGCAGUGGUGUCGUGAGUGGCCAGAGGUACUUAUUAAAAUGGAGUGUGCCACUUGGGCAUGUCGACGUCAUAGAGUAUGGAAGUAAUGAUGGUCAAGGAGAGAACUGCAGGUUCCCUUUGCAGUCAUCUUCUGAGAUCAUGGUUACCAAUGCCAAGCCAAAUAAGCUUUAUAUGGGACCAGGGCAACUGUACAGUGAUUUGCAGAACCUCUUACAUGACUUGAAUGUAGUUGGCCAAAUCAGUCAACUAGUAUGCAGUCUGAAGGGAAACUACCAGAAUUUAAAUCAAUCGGUGGCUCAUGAUUGGACCUCAGGUUUGCAGAAACUCAUUUUGAAAAAAGAAGAUGAAAUUAGAGCUGCAGACCGCUGUCGGAUUCAGCUUCAGCUUCCAGGAAAACAGGACAAAUCAGGACGGCCUACUUUCUUUACGGCUGUGUUCAAUACAUUUACACCUGCCAUCAAACAGUCGUGGAUCAGAAGUUUACAAAUGGCUAAGCUUGCUUUAGCUGAUGAAAAUCUGCUGGGUUGGUUCUGCAUAGAUGAUGACGGGAAUCAGAUUAAAAAAGAGAAACAUCCACUCCUUGUGAAGCACAUGCCUGUGAUGAUGGCCAAACAGCAGGAAUUUAAGGUUGAAUGUGCUGCUUAUAAUCCUGAACCUUGUUUAUGUGAAGAAAGUGAUCCUGAUUCUCUUUCUACGGAGUAUGGGUUUCUGUGGAUUGGCAGUUGUACUAAUCAGAUGGGCCAAAUCGCCAUUGUAUCAUUUCAAAACUCCAGUCCAAAGCUUAUUGAAUGCUUCAAUGUGGAGUCAAGAAUUCUCUGUAUGGUCUACAUUCCAGAAGAGGAGGAAUCCAAAGAAUCAAAUAAUAUGUUUCCUGAAUCUGGAGACAUGCCUACAAAACCUUUCAAUGUGCCUACUAUUUGUCUAGGCAUGGAAGAAGGAAGCAUUUCGGUUUACAAAAGUAGUCAAGGAUCCAAGAAAGUCCGUCUACAACACUUCUUUGCUCCCGAGAAGUCUACUGUGAUGAGCUUAGCAUACAAGACUCACCAUUUAUUUGCUGGCCUAGUCAAUGGAAACAUUGCAAUCUACUCCAAAUUGGAAGAUGGGACCUGGAACUCAGAACCACAGAAAAUAGUGAAAUUGGGAGUUCUUCCUGUCAGAGGUCUUCUUGUGAUGGAGGAAACCAUCUGGGCUGCUUCUGGUGGACAGAUAUUUAUAAUUAAUACGGAAACUCAUGCUGUAGAGUGCCAUUUUGAAGCUCAUCAAGAGGAAGGGAUGGUGAUCUCUCAUAUGGCUGUUGCAGGAGUGGGGAUCUGGAUCGCCUUCACAUCGGGAUCUACUCUCCGUCUUUUCCACACUGAAACCCUUAAACAUCUCCAGGAUGUUAAUGUGGCUACUCUUGCUCACAAUCUGUUAUCAGGACAGCAACGUGUUUCAGUGACCAGCCUCUUAGUAUGCCAUGGUCUACUACUGGUUGGAACGAAUGUUGGGAUUAUAGUAGCACUCCCAGUUCCUCGCUUGCAGGGAAUCCCCAAAGUAACCGGAAGAGGCAUGGUAUCUUAUCAUGCCCAUAAUGGCCCUAUCAAGUUCCUUGUGACGGCCUCUGUGACAAGCAAGCAGAACAAAAACAAGUCCAAGUCCAGGCUGAAUUGUCCUCAUUCAGGCCUGAAAGAGGAUGACCAAAAGGGUGUUGGACCUGAGAGGCCUAUUUCUUCUCUGAGCAACCCCAGUGACAAUGCCAUUUGGUUGGGGGGCUCAGUCGGAUCCAUUGCUCAGAAAAGUGACUUGUCUUCCUCAUCUGGGUCACUCACGUUGUCUCACGGAUCCAACACAACCGAACCUCGGCCGGAAGAGAGUGCUGUCUAUGAGCUUUUGAAAGAAGUCUCCCCCGACCAGAGUAAAAGACAUAGAUCCAGGGAGGGGAAAGUGAUAUCCAUCAUGGUCAUCUCUGGAGGACAAGGACACAGAAGGGUGAAUAAGAAAUGCAAGCAGCAGCGGCCAGACGAACUGGUGUCUUCAAUAAUGGUUUGGCAGAUUCCACUGUUAAAGAUCUGACAACAGGACACAAUGCGAUUUGUACAAUGGCAUUUGCUUUGGUGUUAACACCAUCACGAUGAAUUUACGUUGUUUAUCUCAAAGCAAAUUAAAUAUCAAUCUUUGCAAAGGU